AUGAGAAAAGCCCCCCGCGCGAAUUCGUUCGACCGUAAUCAACAAGCCUAUAAAUACACCUCACUCCCAACCGCCAACUCCAUCCGACUCCUCCACGUCUACCCCUCCCCCUCGCCUAACGACUCCAUAUAUUGCUCGCUCGCCACAAUUUACCUCUCAUCACCACCUUCUUACCAGGCACUCUCCUACACCUGUGGUGACCGCUUCGGACUCGCCCAAUUGUUAUUCAAGGACCGCAAAGGUGGGACAACCGCUCUUCCUGUGACCCAGAACCUCCGGCGUGCACUGCAAAGAUUGCGGCCGAAAUAUGGAAAGCCGUUGGUUAUUUGGGCGGAUGCGGUCUGCAUUAACCAGCAUGAUCUUGUGGAGCGGGGGGCGCAGAUUUCGAAGAUGAGGGGGAUUUAUUGGGGGGCGGAGAGUGUGAGUGUUUGGGUGGGGAUGGGGGUUAGGAAGAGUGAGCUUGGGAUUGGGAUUGCGAAGGAUUUGAAUUCCCUUUUGUCAUCCAAUCAUCCUCCCAAUGAAGAGGAGAAGGAGAGGAUACGGGAGUUAGUGAGAGAUCCUGGGAGAGUUGACGGGUUGAAAAUCUUGGUUCAUCUUUUUGGAUGCCAGUAUUGGUGGCGUAUAUGGGUUAUCCAAGAAAUUGCCCUCGCAAAAAAAGCUACGGUAUUUUGUGGCGAUGAGUCCAUUCCUUGGGAAGAGCUCGAUCGAGUGUGUUCACUACUCCAAUUGGAAGUCGACUAUUUGUCCGAUCUAUUCUAUACAAGACCAAGUUGCGUGCGGACACUAACUCAUGGCGGUCCUCGGGUCUCCAACUAUCACGUUACUCCCCAAACACAAACGCGUCCCCGUUGUUGGAGCUACUACUCUCACAUAAGAGUAAGAAAUCCACCGACCCGAGAGAUAAAGUCUUUGCUUUGAUAGGCAUAUCGAGUUCUCGCACCACUUUUGGAGCUAUUGAUUAUGAAAAGGAUGUUAGAGAGGUGUAUACUCAUACAGCACGACACAUCAUUCAAAGUACCGGGAAGCUGGAUGUUAUCUGUGUCAAACAGCGAGAUUUCAGUACCGAGGGGCUUCCGAGCUGGGCCCCAGAUUGGUCGAGGCCGCCUCCGAAUUCUGGGCCUUUGAUGGUUGGUAUUCAUCAUCGGGUUCCGCCUUUCAAUGCUGCUGGGAAUACAAUUGGUAGUUUUGAGUUUCUCGGCGAAGAUGGGGGUAGUUUGUGUGCUAAGGGGAUGAGAAUUGAUGUUAUAAAAUCUGUGGGUAUGCCGUUUCGACAGAAGGGUGCACCGAAGAACAUUCAUACUGCCUCACAAGUUUUAAAAGACUGGUGGGGUUUAUUUUCUUCUUGUGUCCUUAACCCGCACUCGAGAUCUGCAAAAGCUUUGUUUUGUCGCGUCACAUAUUGUGGAAAUUGGAUAUUUGAUGAGAAUGAUGCGAUAUAUGAGGAGAGACUACGUCGUAUUUCUGAGGUGUCUGAGUGUUUACUCCUUGAGGAUGAGGCACAGUCUUCUACUUCGCUUUCGGGCUCGGUCAGUUCUUUGACUGAAGAAGGGGACGAACAAGAUAUAGAAGAAAUUGAUGUCGUGGUUGAUAAGGAAGGCCAUUCUGUGGUUAUAAAUGCUAGUAUUACUAUGAAUUGA